UCUUUGCUUAACUGACUUAUUAUCAUCUCUCUCUCUCUCUCUCUCUCAUCAUGGAAACUACUAUCAAACAACAACAGCAGAAGCCUCACAUAGUCAUUUUCCCCUCACCAGCAAUGGGUCAUCUCAUCCCACUCAGUGAGUUCGCUAAGCGACUCGUCCUCACCCACAACUUCUCAGUCACCUUCAUCAUCCCCAACUUUGGGUUUCCCAUCAAAUCCCAAAAAUCUUUCCUCGACUCCUCCAUGCCCAAAACCAUUCAAGUCCUCUAUCUCCCUCCUCCUCCCCCUCUGGCCGACGUUCCUUCCGAUGCCGAUCCUUCUUUUUUUGUCAUAACGGCCAUGACUCGUGCUGUCCCGGCUCUCCGUGACUCGCUCAAGCUCUUAACUGAGUCAACUCGCCUCGUCGCCCUGAUAGUCGAUGUCGUUGGCACCGACUCAUUUGAAGUAGCUCGAGAAUUCAAUCUGCUACGGUACAUUUUCGUGCCUUUAUGUGCAAUGUCACUGUCAUUGCUUUUGCAUUUGCCCAAGUUAGACGAAGAAGCUCAAGCUCACGGUUGCAGUGACUAUAAAGACAUACCCGACCCAAUCAAAAUACCCGGUUGCAUCCCGAUUCGGGGCACACAGUUUGUAGAUAUGUUGCAGAACAGAAACACUCACACUUACAAAUUGUUCAUUUACCAUACCAAAAGGUACAAUCUGGCUGAUGGGAUUAUCGUCAAUAGUUUCCUGGAGUUGGAAUCUGGAGCUUUUAAUGCUUUUGCGGAUGACGGGGAGGAUGGGUCGGGUAAAAAACCGCCCAUAUACCCGAUUGGACCCUUGUUACAAACCCGUCCGAUAAGUGGAAAUGAUGAUGAUGUGGAGUGCUUGAGGUGGCUCGAUGAGCAGCCACGUGGCUCAGUGUUAUUUGCGUCCUUCGGGAGCAGUGGAACCCUUUCACAGGAGCAGCUAACUGAACUAGCCUUGGGUUUGGAGAUGAGUGAACAGAGGUUCAUUUGGGUUGUUAGGAGCCCAGCUAAGGAUGGUGCAAGUGGUGUUCACUACAAUGCACAAAGCAUUAACAAGGAUGAUGACCCAUUUGAUUUCCUACCAAAGGGGUUCAUGGAGAGGACAAGAAGAGGGGGGUUGGGUCUAUUGGUUCGGUCGUGGGCCCCACAGAUUCAAAUCUUGAGCCAUGGCUCAACCGGUGGAUUCCUGAGUCAUUGUGGUUGGAACUCAAUACUAGAAAGCUUAGUCAAUGGAGUGCCUUUAAUUGCUUGGCCACUCUUUGGAGAGCAAGAAAUGCAUACAGAAAUGCUAACCAAACAAUUCAAAAUCGCGUUUAGACCAAAUAAGAACGAGGAAGAUGGCCUUGUUGGUCGUGAAGAAAUCGCAAAACUUGUGAGGGAUCUUAUUUUAGGAGAAGGCGGGAAACCACUUCGACAAAAGGCAAGGGAGCUGAAAGAGGCGGCCGCCACCGCCACGAGUGCACAUGGAUCAUCUGCUAGGUCACUUGUUCAAGUCAUCCAAAUUUGGAAAAAUCAUGAAACGGUAAUGCUUUGACACCCGCUCUGAUACCAUUUGUAAUGCUCCACCUCCACCACCUGCCUACCUGCCUGUUCUGUUGGGUCUAUCAUCAUGACUUGACUCGAAAUGCAAAGGUUUAAGUUAUUUAGUAAUAAAGCUCGGGUGCGGAGGUUCAAGUUAUUUAGUAAUAAAGCUCGUGGUGCCUUGUAUAAUCAAGAUCACUCAUAUGUAAUCUUUUGAUAUCCUCAAUGGUUUGUUGUUUAAUGCAUCACUUAUGUCUUUGUUUUCCUUUCUUUCUUUCGUUGUUAAACCGUGGAGUUACACUUCUUGUAUCAGUUAAUGUUAUUCAAAUCAAUCAAUAUGGGAGAAUAUGUUAGUAUCAA